AUGGAUAAGGUAAUAAUAGCUUGUUAAUAUUAAAGAGUACUAAGCUAAUUUGAUGAAUUUCCAAACCACUUAUUUAAUAGCGAUAGAAAAUAGAAAAGAUUACUCUAAUCAGAAUGCCAUUAUUCCUGUUAAGAAUGUGAUGGAUCUACUGAAUAAGAUUGUUUAUCUUGUAAUUCAGGAGUUGGCCGAUAUUAUGAUUCAAUAAAAAGAAUAUGUUAUUGCGAGAAUAAUCUUUUUGAUGUUGGACUUUAAGAAUGCUAAACUUUCGUUGAUGCAGUUCCCUCUGGAGAAUUAAAUUAAGAAAACUAUCAAAAUGAAGGAUUUUGUAAAUUUGGACAAUUUAAAGUUCUGUUAGAAAACAAUACAAUCGUUUGUUUAAAUUGUCCAAAGUCAUUAAAUGGCAAUAUCAAUUGUUUAGACUGCUAUCUUAAUCCAGAUCUCUGGUAUAAGGAGCCUAGAUGCACUUCGGAUUUUAUAAGGCUCAAAGUAGAUGAAAAUUAUGGUUAUUUGAUGUAAAUAAGAGAGGAAAUCGAUUUUGAGACAUACUUUAUAACUGAAACAUUUUCUUUGAUAUCAAAUCCCUACUAUUAAAAACUAUGUUCAGAAUAAGAUUUGAUUCUAGAGGUAUUAGAUUGCAAACUGAUGAAUUAAAAACAUUUAGAUAAGGAAAUAUAUGCUGUAUGCAAAGAUAAUUCCUUUUACACAUCUAACACUUGCAUUUUAUGCCCAAUGUUUUGUUUAAGGUGUAAUAAAAAUGAAUGCAUAGAUUGUAUUAAUCACUCAUACUUAUAAAAUGGUGUAUGUUUUGAAUGUCCUUAAGAAUGUAAAGAAUGUGAAUAUAAUUAUGAUUUGAAUAUUGUAUAAUGCAAUUUAUGCUAUGAGUAUUCUGGAUUAGUUUAAGGAAAAUGCAUAGAGUGCGGAUUAAAUUGUGUUUCAUGUAUGUUUUGGAAAUUUUAUGAUGAAGAUUAUGGAAUUUGGGUACAAUAGCUCAGAUGUAUUUAAUGCGUUGAUCCUUCCAAAUACUUUCUCUCAUUCAACGGUCUUGAUUGUUUAGAAAACAUGCUUCAAAAUUGCCUAUAUGCAUAUCAAACAGAUGACCUUUUCUUUUAUUAUAUGACAACUUAUGAUUAUAAAUUUAAAAGCUUUUCAGAUAUUUUAUCUGGAUGUGCUAGAUGCAAAGAAGGGUAUGACGUAGAUUAUAAAGGAAAAUGUGUUCCUUCAGAAGACGCAAAUGGUCCUUGCUUGUUUAUUUACAGAAAUUAUUAUGAUGAAAAUUUAUGUCUAAUAAGUGAUUAGCAAGGGAGUAUACAGAACAACCAAUGUUCUGAGAUCAUUUCAAAUUGUUAGAAAUGUAUAUUAGAGUCUUGGACUUACAAAUUACUUUGUAUUCAAUGUCAACCUGGGUACUAUGCUCAUAGAUUAUUCGGUUAUUGUAUAUAAUGUCCUGAAGAAUUGAAUUGUUAAGUGUGCUAUCAAUAGUAAACUCUCUUUUAAGAUAGUUGGGUAGUAAAUAUCCGAAGCUUUUAUGAAGGUGCUAUUGAUGCUGUGUAUGUUUAAACGGAGACCACAAUUCCAAAAACUUUUAGAACAUAUGCAUAAAGCUAGAAUAUUAGCGAUUAUGAGGUUUCGUGCGAAUUAUGUUUCGAUGGAUUUUAGCUUUAUAAUAAUAUUUGCAUUGUAAAAUGUCCAUAGGAUUGCUUGGAAUGCAAAAUUGAGAAUAAUUAAAACAUCUGUAUAAGAUGUUAAAAUGAUUAAUAUGGAAAAGUAUAAUCCUUAGUUAACAAUAAAUGCUUGUCCUGCCCUUCAAACUGUGAAUUAUGUAUACCAAGGAGUCUUGAGGAAAUUAAUAAGUUAAAUCCUUAUUUUGAAGAUUAAAAAUAUGAUAAUUUUGCUAACCGAUGUGUAAAAAGCUCUAAUCAAUAAACAUUUGCUUAUUAUCCUGACUAUGGAUAUUUUAUUAAUUGCGAAACUAAAGAUACUUUAUGUUAAAAUGUUUUGGCAAUUACUCUAAAGUUGUAUUGCAAUCAAGAGUAAUAUAAUUAAGAUUUAGAGCUUUCAUCUGAUACUUUGGAAAAAAGGAAUACAUUUUUGAAAACCACAUUAUUAUUAGAUGAUCUUCUUAUUAAUUCGUUUUAAUAUUUCGAAACUGAUUGGUUUUACUCUUUAUUGAACAUUAAAUAAAUAAAGAUACUUAAAAUAAUAAUUUAAACACAACUGAAAUAGGAUUGUUAUAUAAAAAAUAAGGUGACAAUUGCUUAAAUUUUUCGAAUGCAUGUAUUCUCCUUAAGUUCUGUAAAUCUUGAAUUUAUUGGGGCUCAGGAUGCUACUUUUUAUAUCUUUGACACUUUAGAGUUUCACAACUUUACAAGCAUAUCUUUUGAUGCAAUAAACUUUGGUUUCAAGACAUCACCGAUUAUACAUCAAUAAAAUUUUAAGUUUCUAAGUAUUUUGCAAUAGACAAUACUAUUUAAAAAUUUAUAAAUUAUUUAGGAGGCUAAAUAGAUUUAAGAUAUAAAUAUUUAAUUUAAUAACAUCGAAUUAAUUUAUAUUUUAGAUGUGUAAGUCUUAAAUCUAAACCUGAAUUCUACAAAUGGAUUAUUUUAAUUUACAUAACCAGAUUAAACGAAUACAGGAGUAAUUAAGUUUGAAAACUUAGAUAUUUAAUCAACAAAUUUAAUCAAUUCUACUCUAAUAUCUUAUGAGAUUACCAAUUCAUUUAUAAUUUAUUUAGAGAACAUCUCAGUUAAUUUAAAUUUAACAAAUUCAGAAUUUUUUGCAUGCAAAUAAGUGAUUAGUUUCGGAAAUUUAAUCAUAAACAAAUUGGAACUUACUAAUUCUGUAAUUAAAAAUUCUUCGUGCUUGAUUUAGGGAAAUUUCAUCAAACUAAUUGAUAUAAAUGCUAUUACUUUACAAAACAAUCAAUUUGAUCAAAGCAACUUAUUGUCUUUAAACAACAACAUUACAUUAUCAAAUUUAAAAAUAGAAAAUUGUGUUUUGCUAAACAGUUAUUUAAUAUUGAAUCAUUUAGCUGAAAAUAAUCAAAAAGAUAUUAUGUAUUUGUUUAAAUUCAGCAAUUUUGCAAUAAUAAAUAAUAAAUAUAAUUUAGGUACUAAGUACAUUACCAUCUAUCGUUAUACUUCUACUACUUCGAAAAUUAUUUUAGAUUAGCUAAAAAUUAACAAUAAUUAAAUAAUUGACACUGAAGUGAAAAAUUAAAAGAAAGAAUCAAGCGCCUCAAUUAUAUUAGAAAGUGAUCAAAUAUCUCUUAAAAAUUUUGAAAUAUUUAAAUUAAGAGGGAUAACUGAUUUUUCUAUAAUAAAUUCUCAAAGUUUAACUAUUAAUGAUUUAUACAUCACCUCUUAGAUCAGCAAAGAAAAGUUGUUUUUAUAGAAAUCAUCAUAAACCAGCGACUUAGGAAUAAUAUUUAACAUUUAUUCUGUAAAAUUGAUGAGAUUUAUUGGAGUACAUAUAGAAUCUCUGUUUCUUCAUAAUUACCCUAUUAUUUAUUAUGAACAAGCGACAAAAACCUUAUUAAAUCAAGAUGGCUAAAUUGAAAUUUUUAAUUCAAUAUUUACAAAUAAUCUUUUAUUUUAAAGUAAUUCUUAAUUUAGUACUAACCUAAUCGAAAUUUUCUCUGGAUAAAAGGUAAUAAUUAAUGUCAUUAAUUCUACAUUUGAAAAUAAUAUUAUCUAUUUUUAAACAUCAAGUAUAGGCGAUUAAUCAGCAAAUCUGUUAGAUAUUGAUUGCUCUGAAUGUUCAGUUAGUUUUAAGGAAUUAAACUUUUUAUCCAACGUAGCAAUUAAUACAACUUCUUCAACACUCUUUAUCAAGGCUACGUAAAUCUCAAUCAGUGAGAGUGUCUUUAAUUAAAGUGGUUUUGUUAGUAAAUACAUAAUAAGUUUCUUAAAUCAAAUAUAAGUAGAUUAUGAUAAUAGUUUAUUUUAUUAAGGAUCUGGAAGUGGAGUGUAUUAAACUGAUACUAUGUAUGUAAAUAAUUGUAAAUUUUUGAAUCAAUAUGGCUCAAAAGGGGCAUCCUUCUUAUUUUCCCCUUUAAACUCAGGAUACUUAAGGAUUGAAAGUACUAUAAUUGAUACUUCCUAAAAUUACUUCAUAUAAAAAAUUGAGAAAGGAGGUGUAAUUUUUAUUAAGUUCUUCCACAGUCAAAUUUUAAUUGGAGAUCAUUAACUGCUAAGUUUCAAACAUUUAUUCAAUUUAAGGGGGGUUAAUAAUGAUAGAAAGUCCAUAAAACAGCAUUUAAAUUUUAAUCAAUAACCCUCAUAGAUUGAGAAUUUUUUCUCUCUAAUUGGAUCAUUAGUUUACUUUAAUUUUGAAGAAUUAUAUGCUAAUACCUCUUUACUAUAACUUUAAAAUUUAAAAUUAUCAAACACAUUAGAGGGUUUUUCCAAGUAUAUUUAAUUGUUUUAUAAUAAUAACAAUAUUAAUCUACAAGAAAUAGAAGCAUCAGAAAAUUUUUUAAUUUUAUUGUAUGAGAGAUCUAUAAUAUUUUCUAAGUUAGGUAGAAUUUCAAUAAUGAACCUAAUAAUUUCUGGACUAAUUAAUGAAAUCAUUAUUUAUGAUUAAUCUAUUAAAAUGUUACAAGUUAACUCCAUUUUUAUAACAAACUCAUCAAUAGCCAAUAAAGGACUGAUAUACGUAGCUCCAUUUUAAAGUAAUAUUUAAAUAUUGAUUUUUAGAUUCAAAUUUUUCUAUUGA